AUGCCCGCAAAAUCUCCCAGGGACCCGAAACGGCGCGUGGCCCGCCGUAAGGUCACGUUGGCCUGCGACUCUUGUAGAGAGAAGAAGAUCCGUUGCGAUGGGAACAAGCCCAUCUGCGGGCCUUGCGAGGGACGAUCGUAUCGCAUCGACCAGUGUGUUUACAACACAGAAAACGCACGGUCUGCCAGCAGGGACGAAUAUAUCCACGCCCUCCAUCAGCGAAUCAGACAACUUGAAGAUGCCUAUUCGAAGGCCGGGGUCUCCAUCCAGACCUCAUCCAACCCUCCAAGCCAGCUGCUCAGGGAAGCCAACAGGCCGGUUGGAAUGCCGGCGGAGAAACCCGACUUCUCCCCAUGCGCUGGCCAUUCGCUUCCGGAUGCGAUGGGGCAAUAUCCGGCUUCAAGAAAUUUAGAAGCAGAGGUACCACUAGGUCACGGGCUGCCACCCACCCAUAUUCACCGAGAUAACUGCCAGUCCUCGUCGAUAGGGGAAGCGACUUCGGGGAGCUAUGAGUCUCCUUUAUUUGAAGAGGGUGAAGGUCAUAUAACGGGCAUGGGCCAAAUUACAGCACCGGCGGCGGAAGGCCGACGCCGAUCAGCCAAAUUCCAAUUCUACGGCAGCUCCUCUACUGCAUCCCUCAUGCGGUUUGCCUGGCAAUCCAUGCCCUCGCGGCCGAUCAACGGGUCGCGCGCCGAACCGGCGUUCAGUCCACUUGAGGAUACGUCCAAAGACUACAGGUUUGACGAUUUUGCCCUGCAGCCGCGGACGCUUGCAGAUCACCUUUUAAAAUGCUUCUUUGAUAAGGUCUAUAUUCUAUAUUCAUUCUUCCACCGCCCAGCCUUUGAAGGCGCAUAUCGGAAUGUCUGGCAGGCAGAGGACGGUUCCGAUAUUCCGCUGACGGACCAGCGGAUCGGACUGGGAUCCAGCUCCGAAUCCGGGCCACGAUCAAUUGUUUUUCAUUGUGCCCUCAAUUUGAUGUUUGCUCUGGGCUGUCAGUUUGCCGAUAUUACUCCUGAGGAAGUCGAGCCUGUCGCGCAUUCUUUCUUCCUCCGUGCAAAGCGUUUUAUAGGACUCGACUUCCUUGAUAUCAACACUCUCGGCGUCGUUCAGACGUUACUUAUCACGGCAUUAUUCCUGCAGAGCUCCCCCUACCCCAGCCGAUGCUGGAAUUCCGUUGGAGUGGCAUGUAGAGUUGCCCUGGGCCUUGGGCUUCACGAAUCAGAUAUCCUCGCUACGUUGACACCUUUAGAGUCCGACAUCCGACGGCGGACAUGGCAAGGAUGUGUGAUGAUGGAUACCACUCUGAGCAUGACAUAUGGCAGACCAAGCAUGACCACCCAUCUCACCCCUCUCCCUCCACCGCCGGAACCGGUCACAUCCAGCCGCCCAGAAGUAACGGAGGACCUGAUGUCCUUCUACGCCGAGGCGGUUAAGCUGUACAGUAUCCUAGACAGGAUCCUGGCAGAUGUCUACAACUAUUGCCGUGGUCGGUCCCUUCAGCAUGAAUCUCAGCCGGCGACCAAAAGCCCUGGGGGCCUAGAUACCGUCCUUGAUAUUGGAAGGCAACUUGCCAUGUUUGAAGCCAAUCUUCCUUCUAUCCUAAAGUGGUCAGCAGAUGCAUCUGCAGUGAAUGCGGAUGGAGAGCCAAACCUGGCGCUCGCGCGACAACGAAAUGUUCUUCAUGCAAGAUACAUCCAUCUUCACCUCCUCCUCUACCGCCCUAUCUUCACACAGCUCUACUCGGAAAUUCGAGUGUCAGAAACCGGGCCAGAGCUGCAAAAGAAUACGAUACACUCCGCCACUGCGUAUAGUACACUGUACUCCUACAUGGCCAGCAAUUGCGCUACCGCCUGCGUGAUGGCCGCUAUUGACCUCACGCACCUAGUCCAUGAGACAUACCAGACGAACGCCACCGACGCAUGGUGGUACAAUGGGUUCUACGUAUCUACGGCUGCAAUAGUCCUACUAAUCUCGUUUUCUGCCCCGUCGAUGCUGGAUCCAUCGACUAUUGACAAAGCGCGAGGAGCCUGGAGAGAGGCAACAGCGGUUCUAGAGUUCAUGGCUCCAUCCCGCCGCUCCGCCAGCAACACCCUGCAGUUUCUACAGGCUGCAUACCGCCAAGGUGUGCCCGGGGGUCCGCAGCAGAUGGGCCCCGAAGCAGAUGCGUCGCAGCUUCCCGGUGAAAUAUCUCAGUCAAAUGAUCUAUCUAACCACCAGGAUACCGACGUCGCGCAAAUCCCGUUCUUCAACUGGGAGGGGUACUCCGCGAACAUGGGGCCCGGUUUGGACGACCUGGGGUUCCUAACGAGGCUUGACUUUCCUGAUACUUUGGCUUGA